AUGCAUCGACAAGGCAAGAUUCGCGAACAUCCAUAUGGAUACUACUUGAGCGCGAUGCGUCAUCUGGGCCAGAUCCCACAUACUAAGGGCAAGAAGGGGGUCCAGAACCUAUUGCUUGUGGCUCGCUUCGGCAUCUAUCAUCAUGUUGGCACAUCGCUGUGGGAACUCGCGCGCCAAUGCAUGAGGGCAUGUAUCGAGAUGGAAUAUCACUUGCCGCCGAUCAUACCAGGACGGACCUCGGAUGAGGAGAAGCAACAUCAUCAGCGUAUCUUCUGGGAAUGCUAUCAGCUGGACCGGUACAGUUCAACAACAUUGGGCCGACCGUUCGCGAUUGCCGACCAUGAUAUCAAGGUGGACUUGCCUUCAAGGGUGGGGCUGGAUAAUGCUACCUCCAUCGCUCUUGGCCCCACUUCAUUGACCUCGUCGGACCUCUCGGUGUUCAUAUACUCUGUACAACUGAGACAAAUCACCUCUCGCAUACGCAGCAAACUGCUUGCCAUGAGCAGUAGCAGCCAUGAGCACCAUCGUUCGUUCAUGGCCACUGGCGAGAUCUACGCCAGCCUUCACAAGUUUCUUGCAGAAUUAGACGCCUGGCGUGCCUCGGCGCCACAUUAUGAGCAGCAUACAUGCUUGUAUGAAAAUCAAGAGUGGUAUGACUUUCUGCUCGAGAAAGACAAGCUGUUUCUCAUGCGAGGUGGCGUCAACUUACUGUUCAAGAGCAGACGAGGCGUGUCACAAGACAUCAUGCGACUAUGGGGACGAUGCGCUACGCGAGUUGUGGAACUUUAUGCUUCGUUGUAUCGGGCAGGGCUUAUCACAUUUACGCGGAGCUACUUUCAGAUGUUGUUCCAUGCGGGUCUGUCUGUGAUGUUCUGCGUUUCUUCCGAGGCCAAGAGUCGCACCGGAGCAGGCCGAUUGAUCCCGAAUUUUGACGCUACCCUUUCUACCUGUGGUGAUGUGCUAGAUGCCAUCUCAGAGAAGAUGCCAGACGCUCGAGGGUAUGCGGUCGUGUUUGAGUCUAUGAGAAGGUCGGUGUUUGAUAACUUCUCGGCAUCUCCUGCCACUACUGGCCAUCCGGCAACUCCACAAGAGUCAUGUACAACAUCACAUGCGUAUGAAGAUACCAACUCGGCGUAUCAUCAAGAGCAGCAUCAUGUCAUGCCUCAGACUGACCACACCGCGGGAUUAUACAUGGCUUCUGGAGCAGUCCAGGCACCGAGCUUCCCACAAUGGAUGCCCGAGAUGGACUGGACUAACAUGGAUGUGAGCGCUAUGCAAGGAAUGGAAGCUGGAUUGAGCGAAUAUGUGUGGGGCGAUCUCAACAUCAACGCCGACAUGUGGAACAGGAUUGAGCAUAUAAUUGACGAAACUAUCGACGAUGCUUGA